AAAAUUACGAUUUAAUAAAAACAGAUUUAUCAAAAAUCAAUAGAUUUAUUUUAAUCCUCAAAGCUAUUUAGCUACUAUUAUAAUUUGGUUGGUCAAAAAGUUAAUUCAACGUCUUUUCAUUCGCGCAAGACGUAAGGAUUCUAUUAGUAUAGAAACGUCAUAUACAAACGCGAACACACACACACACACAUAUACACGUAUCAGUGUUUCCAUCGAAAAAUCGAACGGGAACCUCGAUCGCACGCGCGCCCGAAUGAAUUUGACACGGUUUUGACGUAUGUGAUUCAUAUUCGUGGCGAGUGCAUACGUACCGAGACGGCCGCGUCUCGCUCCUCGCGCACUCUCGUCGUCCUCUCCUGCCUCCUAGUUUCGCGUCGGUCGGGCUGCGCGGGGGCCUCCUCCGCUCUGGCUCCGCUCCGCACCGCUCGCGAUCGUGUCAGUCUCGCUCGCGCGUCCGACCGGGCCAGGACUUAGUGCGGCGCGUGACGUGCACGUGUGUAUGAUCGAUUGUCGCGGGGUAGUCGCGAGCGUGCUCCUUCCCGACGACUACGUCGUCGCCGUCGUCGUCGCGGUGCAUCGAUCAGCGCUCGUCCCGGAGAUGACGUCGCAGCGUCCGCGCCGUCACCCUCGCUGAGGAAGCCACCCCUCCCCCCUUCCCUCCCUCUGCCUGGAGAUCCCGUCGAUGAAACGGCACCAGGAUGAUGCAGGACAUCUCCGGCGCCGCCGACGCCGCCGCCGCCGACGAUGACGAUCAGCGUGCCGCCUCCAAGUCGGUGUUGCUCAACACCUUCGUCGUGAAGAAGAAGCGAUGCCGCGUGUACUUUCAUCGUGGCACGCUCAUCUGGGAGACCGAACGGCCGCCUUACACCAGAUGGACCCUACCCCUGACGGACGUGCUGGCGGUGCGCUACGGCGACGACUGGAUACCGGGCGUGAGCGUUAAGGAGAAGGAGCAGCCGACGCAGCCGACCUCGCCAACGGUGUGCCCGACGAAUUUCAUCCUGCACUACGCGGUACGCAGGCCCGAGAACAAAUGGAGGCACCACAGCGUGACGAUGAGCCACACGGAUCCCAGGCAGGUCGCCUCGUGGGUGAAGACCAUUCGCAACUACCUCCUAGGCCUGUCGUAUCGGCCGCGAAAGGUGAUGCUGUUCAUCAAUCCCAUAGGCGGUAAAAAAAAAGGUGUCAAGAUCUGGGAGAAGGAUGUUCAGCCGCUUAUGACCAUCGCCGGCAUCGAGACAAAGAUGAUCGUCACGGAGCGCGCCGGCCACAUUCGUGACGCUCUGCUCACGGCCGACUUGAGCGACCUACAUGCGGUGGUGUGCAUCGGCGGCGACGGUACCUUCGCUGAGGUUUUUAACGGGCUCAUUCUGAGGGCGGCAAAGGAUCAGCAGAUCGAUCCCAAUGACCCUGAUGCCAGGCUGUCCAGUCCCGCCUUGCCGGUCGGCGUUAUACCCAGCGGUAGCACCGACACAGUCGCCUACAGUCUGCACGGCACCACCGAUGUGCAGACUGCUGCGAUACACAUUAUCUUUGGCGACUCGAUCGGUCUGGACAUCUCAUCGGUUCAUAACAAUCGCAACCUGCUCAGGCUCUACGCCAGCGUGCUCAGCUACGGUUACCUGGGCGACGUAAUCCGCGAUAGCGAGAAGUUCCGCUGGAUGGGCCCCCGUAGAUACGAUUGGUCAGGAUUUAAAAAGAUAUUAGCGAACAAGGGCUACGAGGGUGAGAUCGAGCUGCUGUCGGACCCGUGUCAUCCGGCGGGCAGCACCAGGUGCAUGAAGAACUGCUUACGGUGCCUGCAGCACAUGCACAAUAGCGUUCCCGACGAACAAAUCUCCAGAUGGGUGACGGUCAGAGGAAAGUUUUUCAUGGUCAAUGGAGCGAACGUGUCGUGCGCGUGCUCAAGGAGUCCCAUGGGCUUCAGUCCGCACUGUCACGUGGGCGACGGCUGCGUGGACGUGAUUCUAAUUCGACACACAUCCCUGAUAAACAACGUCAGAUUGUUGCUCAGGCUGUCCAGCAAACGGAAGACUGUGUACGAGCUACCAUUCGUCGAGGUCUACCGGGCGAGACAGUUCACGUUCCACGCCCUGCCGACGCUGCCGCUCGAGAGCGCGGCCCGUUCGAGCUCACAGCUAAGCGUGUGGAACUGCGACGGCGAGGUGAUCGACACCACCAAUGUGAAAAUCAGGGUACACUGCCAAUUACUGAAGGUCUACACGAGACGGGCUCAGGAAUCGGCUCGGGAACCGACGUGCCUCAGCUGUUCCACGUGAACGAGUCGGAAACGAGGUCGUCGAACGGCGGCGGCCGGAGACUUCGGUCUUCCAAGGCCGCGAUCCCGCUCCGCGAGGCUUUCGCGAAGGCGCAAAGUUCCUUUGUCUUGCCCUAUUACACGAUCGCAAUAUAUCCCAUACGCCAUUACCGUGAAUUGAUUGAAAGAAUCAUUCGUUCCUACAUUUAUUUAAAAAAAAAAUUAAUAAAUGAAUAAAACGAAUGAUUUUUUUCAUCAAUCUAACAUUUCCAAGCGCAUCCAACGCGGGAAUAAUUGUACGCGUUGAAUACACUGUUUCACAUUAUUUUUUAACCCUGGAUAAGUUUAACUUUUAUUUUAUAACUGGUGGCGACGAGUAAAACUUGUGCUCCCAAAUAAUAAUAAUCGCUGUUAGAAUCCUGGGUAAUAUUUUUCACAAUAAAUCUUUUACAGUGUUUAAAAUAUUAUUAGCAUCAAUGUUAUUAAAUUGAUUAUCAAUUUUAUAUUGUGAUAUAAAACUUUAUAUGGUGAUAUAUUGACAAUGUUAUAGCCAUAUUUAAAAUGAUUUUAUAUCACAUAUAAUCAAUAUUAUUUUUUAAUAUAAAAAUCUUUUGUUAUUAUCUAUAUAUUAAUAUUCGACAAUUAUGUUGUUAAUUAAGAGUUAUGUAUCAAUAAUUCGAUAUGGCAAAAAUCAUGAUUGAGAUAUGUCUACUAGAAAAUAUAUAUAAAUUCACACAAGAAAUAUUAUCAAAUAUUAAAUUUCUAUUUUCUCCAAUUAAUUAAAAUGUUAUACACAUUACAGUUUCUACUUUAAUUUCUAUUCGUUGUUAAAGUUUUACUUCAAGUGAGCAAGUUUGACUCGUGGCCGCUGAUCUGGAAUUAAAUUAAUAAUUACCACGUAAUAUUACAAGGUUCUUUCAAUUUUUUCUAGAUGGGCAUAAGUAACAGUAUUGUAGAUGAGCAGACACCAUACUGAAAAAAAAAGAAUUAUACAAUGAAUCGUUUAAUAUAAUACUUAUAAAAUAGAAAAAUAGAAAAGUAAAAUUAUCUUUGUUACAUUAAUCACUUAAUUAGUAUUAUCUCAUUCAACAUUUAGUAGUUAUUGCCAAAUCGGUCUUCUCUUUCAGUAUACCGUGUCUCUCGAUUCUCUACUAUUCCAUCUAGAAUCACAAAAAAAAAGAAUUUUGUGCAAGUGUUGAUCGUAACAUCGACCGGAAUCGGGCGAUUAAUCUGGGCACAGGUGAUUGAUUAAAAAAUCAACGCGCAAGCUUACUAUAAUCUCGGUUCACGCCUACGUGUAAUUCGUCUCGGCGUGCGUCGAAAUUAUUUAUAACUUCUUUAUCGUUGCAUUUGACGACUCUUUGGUAAUUGAUGCGCUUUCCGAGAAUAUAUUGAACAUUCCAACUGUCGGCGCGACGCAAACCACAAUGGCGCUUAAAUUAAUUUUAUAUACAUAUAUGCGUCGACUAUAUUUUCUACAUAAAACGUUAAUGCAGAGAAAAAAAUAUAUAUAUACACACAUAUGUUACAUCAUUGCGAUACGUCUGCUCGGUCUUGAUUGCAUGAUGUUCAACCCUGGAGUGUUAUUCAUAUUUUUUUCAUGUUAACACCACUCUAAAUGAAAAUUCUGGACAUAGAAUUUUUUAACAUUUUUUCUUUUAUAGAUUACGAGAUGUUAGUCUAACUGAACUAACACCAUUUCAAUAUAAAUCUUAUUAAAUUUUAUUUCAUGAAAAUUUAUUGUAAUGAAAUGUUAUUUUAUGCAAUCAAAAUUUUAAUACUAAAAGCUAAAGCUUUUAUUAUUAGAAUUAGCACUUAGGUGAAAAUUCAUCCACAAACAGUAGGACUUCAGGAUUAAAAGUUCAAGUGGAUUUCAGUUGAAAUUACCGUCCUGCGCGUUUCUCGAUUACUUGUUUCUACGCUUUUAUCGCGAGUGUAUUUGUUAGAUGUUUGCUGAAAACCGAUCCAGAGACUGCAUUUAUCAUGGUCUCCUCGCGACGCAGAAACUAACGAUAACACUACCAAGCCAAUUAUACUUCUACGUUUUGUACUUAAAGCGUUUUAUCGACGCCCACAAAUUCAGAGCGACAAAUUAUGAAGGCGUGGCAAAAUUAUGGUUACUUAAAUUUAUUAUAUAUAUUAUUGAUAAAAAUAUUAAUUGUGAAUUUAUUUUAACAAUAAAUUUGCAAUGAAUAACAAUCAAUUUCGUUGAAAAUUUAAAUGAUAAUAUUAUCACAAUAAAAUUAAAAAAUUUUGGCUCGUAUAAUUAAACGCAAUUUAAUGCCUUAAAUUGUAAGAUUUUUUUACAUUUUCGCCUUUUAUGUAAAGACAAUCAAGGUACAAAAAUGGUGCUUGAAUUUUAACUCUAAGCCUAAUUUUAAACUUGAACUCUAAGGUUUAGAGUCUAAUUUAAGUCGACACAAUUUAAUAAUAAUUAGUGAGCUUUCUUCUGAUAAUUUCCAUAUUUAUUCGCAAAAGUAUUUGAUAGUGCAAACUAUUUAAAUGCGAAUCGAAUCAAAUAAAAUUUGAAAUCUCCACAAUUCGAAUCCCAACUAUUCGAAAAUUUCGAAUCUAAAUUAUCUAAAAGUUUCGAAAACAAAUAACAUAUUAAAAAUCUUAAAAAAUCAUAUUUAAAAUGGCUUUAUAUCACGCAAUCAAUAUUAUUUUUUUUACAUAAAUAAAUCUUUUAUUAUUUGUAUUAAAACAUUUUUAAUCUAUGCUAAUAAUUACGUUAUUAAUUAAAAGUUGUGUCAACGAUUCGAUUCAAUUCAGCGUAAAGAAACUUUGAUUCACAUUACAGUAUUUAGAUUAGAGUAUUAUUUGUAUAUAUUAAAAAGAGAGAGAGCGAGAAAGAGCGCAUUAUGUGGACAAAAGAUGCGAUUAUUUGCGAUUAAAAUGCAGAUAUUUAUGCAAAUGUACAGAACUUGAUUGCAUCGCCAAUGCUUCAGUGUUUUAAGAAAUCACUUAUCUUGGAAAAUAUAAAUUCCGUAAUUUAUGAAAUAACUUGCGAAAUAAGAUUUUUUUCUGCUUUUGAUUCUAAAUUCAAUGAAAAUCUUGACAGAAUUAAUAUCACUAUACAUUUCAAUGAAAAAAUAAUUAAGCGAUAAUGAAAAAAUAUUUUAGCGUAUAAUGUUUUGAUUUCGCAAUUUCUACUUCUCAUGUAUUUUGCAUAAAUAUCUGCAUUUAUGAGGCACUUAAAAUUCUUGACAAAUUCUGUUGAUAGUCAUCAAGUGGAAGACAUUCGCAGUCGAGUGCGAUUUCUAUCGCUAAUAUUCUAUUUUUAGUGCUCUAAGCAGGUGCUAUUUUGCGUCGUGGGAAAUUAGACAUAGAUGGGUCUCGCACGUGUGAAAGCGUAAUCGACGGAUUAAAGCAUAAACGGCACUAUGUAGUGUAGAUAGAGGCGUUUUAUCAAUGUAGUCAGGUCGUAAAAAAUUCAGGGGAGGAAUUAAGACGCUCGCCAUCAUCGCGUUCGUUGUUCGUAGAAAAAAAAAACAACUUCCUCGAUGCAGCUAUAGGGAACGAUGCAAUACGCAAUAUAUUUUAGGAAAUAUUACUUUGAAGUAUAUUUUUCGACAAGAAAGAUUAGACACUCGAUUAGCGUAAGAUUUAGAUCGUACGCACACACGUUUGACUCGUUCCUCUGAGUAACAACAUAUCAUAGAUUUGUAUAGAUCUAUAGAGGAUUCGCGCAGUGAAGAUGUAUAUUUUUUCAUUUGCGAGUUCACAUUGUUCGCGCGAUUUAGACAGUGUGUCUUCUUAAAAACGAAAAAGGGCAGCUUAGACUUAAUGCAUUAACAAAGUAGUGUCACCGAAGCAGCAUAUAAUGUAUACGAUAUCGAAAAUUGUACAGAUAUACAUAUAUUUUUUGUUAAUCGCGAAAUUAUAUUUAUAUAUAUAGAAAAAGUGGACAAGUACAGCGAAUCAAUGUGAUGACCUAUUGACCAGCGGUAGUAUAUAUUAUUUUGAUUCACUGGAAAGGUGCACCAAGCAACACACGCGUGGCUGCACGGAAUAAAUUAUAUUAACUUUCUA